GUGACGUAGGACAAUGCCAGUGCCACGCAGACCCGGGAGGAAAGCGCAGUGAGAGGAGCAAAAGAGUUGGUCAGGCCGUUUCUGAGUUGAGGAGCUUCAUAGGCAGCCAUGCAUCUGGGUGGGUGUUUCCUCCUCCAAGCCCUGGCGCUGCUUUCUCUCCAAAGCGGAGCGCAAAAGGUCGAAGCGCCCUCGGAUCAGGUCCAGGUGGAAGUCGUGCACCUCCCCGAAGAGUGCCAUCAGAAGAGCAAGAAAGGGGACCUCCUCAACGCCCACUACGAUGGAUACCUGGCAAGUGAUCGCUCCAAGUUUUAUUGCAGUCGAACACAGAAUGAUGGUCACCCAAAAUGGUUUGUCCUCGGUGUUGGACAAGUAAUUAAAGGCUUAGAUAUUGCAAUGCUGAAUAUGUGCCCUGGAGAGAAACGGAAGGUGAUCAUUCCUCCUUCGCUUGCCUAUGGAAAACAUGGAUAUGAUGCAGCAAAAAUCCCACCGAAUGCAACUUUGAUCUUUGAGAUUGAAUUGUAUGCCAUAACAAAAGGACCACGCAGCGUUGAAGCGUUUUCUGAUAUCGACAUGGAUAAAGACAAACAACUUUCAAGAGAUGAGAUAGACCUUUAUUUGAAGAAGGAAUUUGAAAGAGAUGGCAAGAAGCGUGACCCAUUACAUCACGAGAAUGUUUUGGUUGAUAUAUUUAAAAAGAACGACCGUGACGGAGAUGGCUUCAUAUCUGCCAAGGAAUACAAUGUCUACCAGCAUGAUGAACUAUAACAGAUCGUGGCUGAAGGUCUACCUGUUUCUUACCUGUGUAGCCAUUCUUCCCAUAUGCACAUGGAGCUUCUACAAGGGAUUCCCCACUCGUUCUUUCAGUAGCAUGGCUGUGCCUGUUGCAUAAUGCCACCAUGCUGAAGUUAAUAUGAAAUCCAGGCUGCAGGGGAAGCCCUGAACACAUGUCUGAAAUGAAGACGGAGCUGUGGAUCUGGUGCUAGAUUUCCAACCUGUACAUCUUUUGGUUCACCUCAGCCCCAUUGACCUCCUUGGAACUUUUGCAUUACAUCGAGCCUAAUUUGAUAUAUUAUAAAACAGAAGGCCUUUUUGAGGCACAUAAUCUUUUUGUAUACCUUUGUUGCGAUAAUUUUUAUACCUUUUUGUCAAAAUUAAAAUUAGUAAGUAAGUUAGAUGAAAUGUUCAGAAGAAAUAAAACGUGAGAAGGUGGAA